AAGGAACCAAUGGGAUCUCCACACAACUGUCGAGUUCCUUGUGUUUAAUAUAAAAGUCUAGCGAUGUUAGUUUUAUAGUCAAUAAACUAAGAAACUUCCAACUAAGAUGCUUAGACUUCUCGUUUUGUCAUGUGCUAUAGCAGUAUCAUGUGGAAAUUAUGCAGGCAAUAAAGACCCUCUGUAUCCCAAAGUGGGCGGAUCUGUUCCAAAAGUCCUUAAUCCAGGCAGUCCGAUAGAUCCGCGGGAUGUACAAAAGGUGGGUCCUGUAUUGAAACCCGGAGAUGUCAUUAACCCUGUGGUCAUCGAUAGCAGUCAAGUGGGUCCUCUAGGUGAACAAUGGGUCGAUAACAUUCCAGGACCAGAUCGUACAAAAUUAUGGGUCGAUACUCUUCCAGAGGGUCCGAUCGGGGAACCAUGGAUAGAGGGUCAACCAAUUCCUUUACCGGGCCAAAUCAUUGAUGGACGACCAAUCAAAAUUACACAAAAUGAUGGCCAAAUAUUUAAUAAUCCUUUUAUUAAUGGACCAGGUUCAGGAAUCAACCCUAUCGGACAGAAACCAGUGUACGAUAAUUCUGUCAAACCUAUAAUACCAGUGAAAAACCCAUCCGGAUACGAUGGUCCAGUAAGAAAACUCCCGGACAAUACGCCGUUUGUCCCUGGCGUUGGCGGUGAUAUAUUUAACCCAGACUUUCCAGGACUUGAUGGUGGAAUUAUUAAACCAGAAUAUCCAGUUGACCCUGUGAGAAAAGUCCCAGAUUACGGCAAGUCAGAUAUAGUACCAGUUCCGCCGGUGAAGAAACCUGCCGGUUACGACGGACCAAUCGGUAUUUUUCCAGACAACACGCCAUUUAUCCCUGGUGUCAAUAACAACUUGCCCGUAGAUCCUGUAAGAAAAGCGCCUAGUUAUGACAACUCACAUAAGCUAGUUCGUAUACCACCAUUGAAAAAGUCUGCGAGUUACGAUGGUCUCGUGAAAAGUGUUUCUAAAAACAAACCGUUUGUACCUGGUAUGGAAUCAGGAAUUUUCAAACCAGAUUUUCCGAGGGAUCCCCUGAGGAAAGCUCCAAGCUAUGACAACUCCCAUAAAGUACCCAUUUCACCAGUGAAGAAGCCUGCCAGUUAUGACGGACCAGUCCAGACUGUACAUGUACCAGACAACAUUCCGUUUGUGCCUGCUGUUGGAGGAGGGAUUUUUAAUCCAGACUUUCCAGUCGACCCUGUGAGAAGACCCCCCAGUUAUGACAACUCACACAAAAUCGUCCCUGAUGUUUCACCAUUUGGACCAAUGGACCCAGUCAGAAAAGCCCCAAACUAUGACAACUCACACAAAAUCGUUCCUGAUGUUUCACCAUUUGGACCGAUGGACCCAAUCAGAAAAGCCCCAAACUAUGACAACUCACACAAAAUCGCUCCUGGCGUUUCACCAUUUAAGCCAAUUGAACCAAUCAGAAAAGCCCCAAGCAAUGACAACUCGCACAAGAUUGUCUCAGACGUUUCACCGUUUGGACCAAUUGAUCCCCCUAUGAGAAAAGCACCUGAUUAUGGUAAGUCCCAAGGAGCCGGGAGUGGGAUUGGAGAUAUCUUACCACCAAUAAUGCCCCCAAACGGCUACCCAGGUGCUCCAGGGUCCCCAGUGAUAGGCGGACCAAUUCCAGGUCAUCUCACCGGAAGUGGUACUGGAAUCGGUGGCCAUUCAUUGGAAGCUCAGAAGCAGAGGUUUGAGGAAAUGUUGUCAGAACGACUAGGUACAAGGUCUGAAAAUUCACCGGCAGCUCUACCAAUCAGAAAGGAACUAUCCGCCGGAAAACGUAGUUAUCUAAGUUCUCUUGGAAUAUUCAAGAAAGCGAAAUCCUACCAAAGUUAAUUUGUUUGAUGGCAAAGCCAUCGCCCUUGUGCCAUAUGACAAUUGUGUGCAAUAUUUUUUUAAACUUCACAUUUAUAUUUAUUAUUGUCUCAAAAUAUUUUUUUGACAUUUGUAUUUAUUAGCUAUUAAAGUUUUAUACAAUUUGA